UUUUACCAUCAUCAAGGAAGGACACACAGACAUUUUUCUCAAGCAUACAGAGAAGCCAUGUUAAAGGACAUGUGCUCUAAGGACUGUUCUUUUAUUUGAAGCUAUUGAUACAUUGUAACUGUACUUGUACUUAUGUUAAGUGUGUACAUUAAACACACGAGUAUUUUUAUUCACGAAUCUGUCUCACGAUUGAUGUAAUAGCAGAAAGUGUGCUAUUUAAAUAUAAGCCAAGCUAAGAACUUUAUUUCAUUGGCUAGCCAGCCAUUCGAUGAACGAUUUUCAAAUUUUAUACCACUUUCUCAAAGUGCUAUCGGAGGGCAGAGAAGUAGAGUAUUGAGUAAUUUUUGAAACGUUUGACAAGAACCUAGAAGUCAACAAUCAGCCAGUCGCUCAUUUUUUCACAGUUUUUUUUACAACUGUCCCUUAUAUCGAAAGGGGGAACAUGUUAGUACUGAGAGAGACUACGGAAAGAGUUUGACAAGAGCCUAGAAGUAUCGAUUUAUCGUGAAUGACCUGGAGAUUCGUAGAACACGGAAGACUUCUUAUUCGGUGCAAAAUAAUCGUUGUUUUUCAACGCUAUAAGGGGAAUGAUUUUUACAAAAAUUGAUCAAAGAAGGAAUGAUGACUACAAAAAAGAUGAAAAAUCUUAAAGAAAGAAAGUUGAUCAUCAUCGUCAUCGUCACAGGAUUAAUUUUUUCCUUAUUGACAUUUUUAUCAGUGGUAAAAUAUAUCACAAACUGUUCCAGCCAUGAAGAGGUUAACGGGAUUGACAAUUUUCUCAACAACGACAUUACAGUAUUGAGAAACAAAAGAAAUAUGGACAAUGAUAUUAAUGUAGAUAACAAAUUGGAUAGGUUUAGGUAUACCAAUGUCAAUACAGCUGAUGAUUUGAUUGGGUAUAUAGCUGUGGGACAGGGAUAUGAGCAUUGUAUGGAAUUAUAUUUCAUUCAUAGUAAUGAGGUGGAAAUCAAAGUUAAAAUAGAGUCAAAAACAAGUUUUGUUGAAAUGCAAGGAUUUUAUAGGGUUAAUAAUUCAACCAAGAUUUUUGAAUGUAAUAUACUGGAAAGAGCUUUUUGGACAUUAUUUGUAAGAGGUAAUGAUUCAACAAUUUGGUCUGGAGAUGUCAAUAAUGAUGUGAUAAGCUCUGGGAAAAUAUUUUAUCCAGUAGAACAGGAUUAUUACCUUUUUCAAAGUUUUGUACAAAUAUUAAAUCCAAAACAUUUAAAAAUAAUUGGAGAUAAAAAGGGAGACAUUGUAAGAAAAUGGGAUGUUAGAGUGAUAAGGAAGUUUGCUCAAUUACGUCAAAAUUAGCAUUUCUGUGGUAGAUAUUAUUGUUCCAGAGAUAAAAGUGUCACCACAGUCUUUAAAAGUAAUUGAAGAUGAAGAUGGAUUGAAUUUGAUGUGUAGUACUCAAAUAUAUUUACCUCAAAAUUCAUUGUUAACUUGGAAAAGGAAUGGUGAUUUUUUGGGUAGUUUUUUCCACAGUUCAACUAAUAUAAUUCACAGAGGAAUUGUUGGUAAUGUGAACUGGAUCAAUGAUAAAUUUAUUUAUCAUCAAUCAGGUGUAUCUUUAAACGAUACUGGUAUAUAUGAGUGUUGCAUAUUAAUAGAAGGUUAUCCCUUGAAAUGUGCUAAUGCAAGUAUAAUUGUCAUGUCUCCAAGGAAAUCUCCAUGUGUUGGUAAAAACAGUGUUCUUGCUAAUCCCUUCCAGAUUAACCAUUUACAAUCCAGAGCUCUAUUGAGAGAGGGAACAUUCGUCAUUAUAUUGUGGAAUUUUAAUAUUUCAGAAUGGAAAAUUUCUACAAGGUUUCCACAAUGUCAAAGACAUUUGGUUAAUAUGGAAUUGGGUAUUGAAAGAUGGUUUGGAAUUAAUAGUAGGAAUCAUAACAGAAAUAAACGUGGUAUUGUCGAAGGAGCCCUAGGGGGCGUAGGUAUAAUUGGUAGCAUUGCAAAUAGUAUGGAUAUUAACACGUUAAAGUCUGAUCUUGAGUCAGCAGGUUUAGUGGGAAGUAAAGGUUUUAAGAUCCAAAGAAAUUUAAAUCAGAUAUUAGAAGACAUGGUUAUUAAAACAGCCAAUGUAAUGGGUCCAUCCAUCCUACAUCUUCAGAAUAUUACUCUUAAUUUAAUGACUAGUGAAGAACAUUCACAUAUUGCCAGAUUAUGUUUAGAAAUUCAAACAGAAUAUUCCACUAAUUUUAAAAUAAUUGCACAAGCUUUUCAAGGUGGAAUUACCCCUCUUGGUAUAUUGCAGAAUUUACCCAGAGAAUAUGCAUAUGCAAGAAAUACUGAUUUAUGGGUAAAUAAAUGGAUAGGAUGUAGUCAGGAUGUAUGUUACAGUUCUUCUAUGAUUCCUAUAGCAGGGAGAGAACAAAUUUUGGUUCCAAUUACGGUUUUGGGAUUACCAAUUAGUGAUACUCUAUUAUUUUAUAAAUUGCAGUAUACAGAUUUUGCGCUUAACAAGGAUAAUUUUGAAUUAGAACAAUUAGAUCUGUCAUCAUGUUUACAAUUUCAGUCUAAAGUUAUUUGUUUACCUAAUCAAGAUAAAAGUAUAUUUCAUUCUUGUUAUCAUAAUCAUACAUUAUGUUCAGCAAGAAUAGAAAAAGUUGAAGCUUCUUCUGAAUUAACUACUCUUGUAGAUAAAAGGAAGGUUUGUUUUCAGAUCAUGACAGAUACAGAAAGGGUUCAGACUUUCUUUUCCUCUUGCACAAACACAGAGAACCUAAAUAGGGGCUUGUUUUGUGUAGAAGGAGAUUUAAGGGCCAUAAAUGUAAACGGUAUAAGAACUAAUUUAUCUCAUCUAUCAUUGAGAAAUGUUAGUGUUAGUCCGGCACUAUAUAAUUUGUCUCAGAUAGAUGAGUUUCCUUGGAGGGAAUGGGUUAACGUAAUUCAAAAGGAUCAAGGUUUAUUAAUGGCUUUAGCUAAAGAACUCAAGAAUGCAGAGAUAUCGUUUAAGCAUGAGCAAGGGAAUUUGCAAGAGGUAGUCCAUCAAUGGUCUGCUUUAGCAGGUUCUAGCUGGUGGCGUCAAUUCAAAAAUAGUAUAUCUAUUUGGGGAAAAACUUCAAUUACUUCCGCAGCAGGAAAUAUUUUAUCGCAUCCUAUAGUUAUUAUUUUUAUUAUUAUUAUGUUAUGCAUUAUAUAUCAAUUAUUUUUAAUGUUUAGAAUGAAAAAACUGUAUAAGCAAAUCAGAAAUGAAAUCAAGAAAGGUGAUGAUAUGUUGCAAAAUAAGCUUAAAAGGAGACCAGGUUUUGGAGUUGCAAACUCGAUGACAGGUGACAAUACAUUUGAAGUUAUUGGAUCAAAGUCAGAGUGUGUGUGACAUGUAUGGUGUAUAAAUGAUUAGGAAAUAUGAUCAUUAUUCAUAUUUCAGAGGGGAAUGUUAUAUUCUAAAGUUUAAAAAUUCUAUCCGGGUAGAAUUUUUAAAUAUAUAAAUAUUCCUGAUUAAUAUGAAAGAAUGCUAGACUUUUUGAACUAAUGAUUCCUUGAUGUGACCUUUGAACUCUAGUUUUGAAACUCCAGAAACUGACAGAUUUGAUGGAUUUUGCAAAUAUUAUAUAUAUGUUCAUUUGAAGUGUUUUAUGUAAAGAAGAGAAUUGUGCUUUGAAAUAUGUCUGCAUACCAUCCCCCACAUCCUGUAUGUGGACUGUGUGUAAUUUAAGACAGCCCAUGUUCAAGAGCCAGGCCACAUCCUGUAUAUAGACUGUGCUUUGAAAUGUUUAGACUGCAUACCAAGAACCAUUUCCUAUAGAGAUUGUCUAGAUGUAAAACAGAUGUUGUAUUCAGGUUUCAUUAAAACCACUCACCUUUGGGAGGGUUUAUUUUUCGGCGCGAAUUCAAACAAAGAAUGCUGUCUGAUAUAAAAACAUAAGGUUUGCUCCUGCUGCUCUUCUCUUUUUGCCAUCAUCAAGGAAGGACACACAGACAUUUUUCUCAAGCAUACAGAGAAGCCAUGUUAAAGGACAUGUGCUCUAAGGACUGUUCUUUUAUUUGAAGCUAUUGAUACAUUGUAACUGUACUUGUACUUAUGUUAAGUGUGUACAUUAAACACACAGUUAUUUGUAUUCACGAA